AUGCUCAGAGAAGACGUCGCGUUUUCUUUGCAACAAAGCAAUUUUGUAUACAGCAUAUUCGUUUUUCCCCACUUUUCACUUGAACAUCAGAAUUUCCUAUACUCUCUCUGUCUCUCUCUUUCUUUCUUUAUAUUUUUCUCUUUCUCCUUCUUUCUUUUUCUCUUUUACUUAUAUUUAUUCCUCUCUCUCUCUCUCUCUCUCUUUAUCUCUCUCUUUUUCACUUUCUUCCUUACAUUUCUCUUUUUCUUUCUUCGUUAUUCCCUUUUACUAACAUUUAUUUUUUCACCCACUCUCUCCUUCUUUAUAGGCCUCUCUUUUUUCUUUCUUAUUUCAUCCCUUUUACUUAUAUUAAUUUAUUCUCUCUCCCACCUCUCUCCAUAUAUUAAUCUCUUUCGCUUUCUUCCAUCUUUCUUUUUACUAAUAUCUCUUCUUCUUCUCUCUUUAUAUUUCUCUCUCUUUCUUCUUUAUUCCCUUUUACUAAUACUUAUUUAUUAUUUAUUUUGUCUCUCUUCUUUUCUGUUUCGUUCCCCCUUCCCUUUUACUAACAUUGAUUUUUUUCUCUCCCCCUCCCCCUCUCUCUCUUUCUCUCUCUCUCUCUCUCUCUCUAUUCUUAUUCUCCUUAUAUUCUCCUCUUUUACUCUUUUCCGUCUGUCUUUUUAUUUUCUUCAUUUUCGCUUCUUUUUCAUCACUAUCCACUUUCUUUCUGAUUAG